AUGCAGAGCGACAAUGAACUGGUCAAGGUCGCCUCAAACACAUCCCUCGUGACCCCGACCUUGAAUGAUGCCGCUUCCCAGAAAGCCGACCUUGUGCGUCAAUUCGCAAGCACAAGUAACUCUACAGAUGGCGGGCUAGUCGCGCAGUUAAUCAACAAUCCCUUCUUCACGGCCGGGUUUGGACUUGCUGGUCUCGGUACAAUCUUCGCCUUCGGUCGAAGAGGCCUUCGUCAUGGAGCUGCCCUCCUGCGACGCCGUCUUCUCGUCGAUGUCGAGAUUAGUGUUCGGGACGACUCCUACCCCUGGUUUCUCUACUGGAUGACAUUGCAUGAACGAGGGCGACUCGCGCACAAGGCGCUGCAGGCUAAAACAGGUGCUCUAGAGUUGUUGCUUCAGCGGCUCACACCAGGCAUGCGCCAUCUGGCGAUUGAGACGGAGAAAAGAGAAUUGCCCAAUGGCGCUAUUCACACAAAUUUUAUCUUGAUCCCUGGUCCGGGUAGGCAUGUGAUCCGCUAUAGGAAUACAUGGAUAAUGGUCAAUCGCCAAAGAGAGUCAAAGCAGUUCUCCAUGGACGGGAAACCGUGGGAAACCGUUACCCUGACCGCGCUAUAUUCUCAACGACACGUUUUUGAGUCGCUGUUCAAAGAGGCUCAUGAUAUCGCUACCCAGUCGGUUGAAGGAAAAACUGUCAUAUACACCGCAUGGGGCAUAAAGUGGGAUAAAUUUGGCCACCCUCGUAGCAAGCGGCCUCUUGAGUCCGUCAUUCUCGAUAAGGGUGUCAAAGAACGCAUUGUCGCAGAUGUCCAGGACUUUCUCUCUUCAGCCAAAUGGUACUACGAACGAGGAAUCCCUUACCGGAGAGGCUAUCUCCUCUAUGGUCCACCGGGAACGGGAAAAUCGUCCUUCAUUCAGGCCCUCGCUGGCCAUUUAAACUACGACAUCGCCAUGCUCAAUCUCAGUGAGCGCGGUCUUACAGACGACAGAUUGAACCACCUCUUGACAGUCAUUCCCCAACGCACACUUGUCCUCCUCGAGGAUGUCGAUGCGGCAUUUGCCAACCGCCGUCAAGUCGAAGCAGACGGGUACCAAGGAGCCAAUGUGACUUUUUCGGGACUGUUGAACGCUUUGGAUGGCGUGGGCAGUGCGGAAGAACGUAUCAUCUUUCUAACGACUAAUCACGUCGAUCGCUUGGAUGAAGCACUUGUGCGACCUGGUCGAGUUGACAUGACGGUGCGUCUUGGAGAGGCUACGACGUACCAGAUCGAACAACUCUGGGCGCGGUUCUACAGCGAUGCCGAUCCAGAUGGAAAAUAUCGGCUGGAGUUCUUUGAUAAGCUCCGUGAAAUAGGGGUUUUGCCUCAUGGGUCUGCGAGAAGCAGCCAGACAAGCAUGGCGGCUCUGCAGGGGCUGUUUCUGUACAACAAAGGACGGCCCCGUGGCGCCGUUGAUAUGGCAUGGCAGCUGGCCCCGGGCGAGCUGCCUAGUGCUUUGAAUAAAGACAGUCAGGCGCAUGCAACUGCCUCUUGA